AUGGAAUUCAAACACCACAACAAUGGCGACUUCUCAAGUUUCCUAACAACUCAACAACAGGCAAGGCCAGCACCGCGGGUCUGCAGCCAAACCACCACCAGCCAGUCCCAGCUCCCAGUCCGCCACAAUUACCCCAUGAGGCAGCAUGCAGAGGUAAGGUGUGCAGCUGGGGAGUCCAACACCUGCUGGAGAUGUCAGAGUGAAACAGGUAAACGCAAAGCCCUGAAGCUGAACUUUGCCAACCCUCCGAUCAAACCCACGACUAGAUUCACACUGAACACGGCGGGGCCGCCCUUUCAAAACCCGCACAUAGAGAGGCUGAGAACACACAGUAUCGAGUCGUCAGGAAAGUUGAAGAUCUCCCCGGAGCAGCACUGGGACUUCACGGCCGAGGAUCUCAAAGAUUUGGGCGAGAUCGGCCGCGGGGCUUACGGCUCCGUCAAUAAGAUGGUGCACAAGCCGAGCAACCAGAUCAUGGCGGUGAAGAGAAUUCGGUCAACAGUUGAUGAGAAGGAGCAGAAGCAGCUGCUGAUGGACUUAGACGUGGUCAUGAGAAGUAGUGAUUGUCCCUACAUCGUGCAGUUUUAUGGUGCUCUGUUCAGAGAGGGUGACUGUUGGAUUUGUAUGGAACUUAUGGCUACCUCGUUAGACAAAUUUUACAAAUUUGUAUAUUGCUCAUUAGACGACGUGAUUCCAGAGGAAAUAUUAGGAAAAAUAACAUUAGCUACUGUGAAGGCACUUAACCACUUAAAAGAAAACUUGAAAAUAAUACACAGAGACAUUAAGCCGUCAAACAUCCUCCUGGACAGGAACGGCAACAUAAAGCUGUGUGACUUUGGCAUCAGCGGUCAGCUUGUGGACUCCAUCGCCAAAACCAGAGACGCUGGCUGCAGACCAUACAUGGCGCCAGAGCGAAUAGACCCCAGCGCGUCCCGGCAAGGCUACGAUGUCCGCUCAGAUGUUUGGAGUUUGGGAAUCACACUGUACGAGCUGGCCACCGGGCGGUUUCCGUACCCGAAGUGGAACAGUGUGUUCGACCAGUUGACCCAGGUGGUGAGGGGAGACCCGCCACAGCUCAGCAACUCGGACGAGAGGCGCUUCUCUCCCAAAUUCAUCUCCUUUGUCAACGUGUGCCUUACAAAGGAUGAGUCAAGAAGGCCAAAGUACAAAGAGCUACUGAAAGAUCCGUUCAUCCAGAUGUACGAGGAGCGCACGGUGGACGUAGCCGGUUACGUCUGCAGGCUCUUGGAUCAGAUGCCCGCGUCCCCCAGCUCACCUAUGUAUAUGGACUGAUAGCAGGACAGUAAUACAACAUAUACACCAGUCUGCAACAAUAAAGGCAUAAAAAAAAAAGACAACAACGUAAACAAAACAAAUCCUCUUGUAAAUUUGCUUGGUCCCCUUAUUGCAGUGUUAAAAUAGAAUUGUAAAGCCUAAAAAAUAAAAUAAAAAAAACCACCACUUGCAAUAAAAGUGGUGUCUUUCAGUCAUGCCUGUAUAAUAUAUCAACGUUAAACACUUCUGUUUCUCUCUCGUGCACACACAGACACACAGUCAUGUAAGUAUAAUAGCAGCUGAAUCAAUCAAUCAUGGUCUUGACUCAUCUCGAUGAGGACGCAUCUCAGUGGUUAGUACAGUGAUUUAAGAAAAAAACACACAAAAAAAACCAGAAAAUAACCUGGAACUUGUAUUUAUAGAACCAGAAUCAUGUGGAGUAUUUGAUUUGGAGAUUCUUCAGCAUACUGGAAUCACGCUCUUUGUGAAUUGUCCCACCUCUUCCAUGUACGUUAAACUGAAAGCAUUGUGUUUGGUAUCUUAAUGGAACUUUGCUUCUCUGGGUAUAAAAAGCAGUUUUAAAAGUGUCGGUGGUCAGAAUCAUGUUAGACCUGCAGUCCAGUCGGUGCUGAGAGGCCACCGUCCUCGCCGUGCAACCGACUAUAUGCUGAUAUAUGAAUAAA